GAUUCUGCUCCUCAAUGGGAGAAGGGGGUGGCUGUAAGUUAUUGAGCAGUUUUGUGCAGAUCCACUUGGGAAAAAUUGUCAGAGGAUAAGGGGACUCCAUGUUAAUCUGAGAGUCUGCCAAUUCUGUUGGAAGCAAGCUUCUUUUGCCCCUUUGGUUCAGUGCCUCUUCGCAAGGUCAUAACUACAGUACCUACAGCCGUCGUUUCACUGCUCCGAGAAAAAGUCAGGAAUCAUGGCGAUGAAUUCCGCUCUUAAUGCCACCGAGGAACAUUAUGGGAACGACAUUAAGACUUCGGAAAACUUGACUGGGGAGAAAGGGGAAGAUAAAGAUCAAGUGGUAACUGGAACCGAAGUGAUGGCAACCAAAAAUGGCAAAUCCUGGGAUGAAAAGAUGAAAAACUUUAAAAUUUUUCUGUGGAACCCAGAAAGGAGAGAAUUCUUGGGAAGAACAUCCAGGAGUUGGUCACUUAUUUUAUUUUUCUACCUUUGUUUAUAUUCCUGUCUGGCUGGAAUGUUUUCUCUGUGCCUGUAUGGCAUGCUUACAACAAUCAGUCCGUAUACACCAAGAUAUCGUGACCGAGUCAACAAUCCAGGGGUGAUGAUAAGACCAUAUAUUGGUGGAUUUAUGAUUGCAUUCAACUCAUCAGAGGAGAGCACAUGGUCACUUUAUGUGCAAAGCCUGCAUCAGUUCCUUGAAUCCUACAAUGACAGCAUUCAGGCAAUUAAGAACAUUCCAUGUUCUCCUGGGCAAUACUUCAUUCAAAAGAAGAAUGAAAGUGAAGAACGGUUAGCUUGUCAGUUUAAUCGGACCAUGCUGAAAAACUGCUCCGGAAUUGAAGAUCCUACUUUUGGAUACUCUGCAGGAAAACCCUGCAUUUUUCUGAAGAUGAAUAGAAUAAUUGGCUAUCUGCCUGGUAAAGGAACAAAGCCAUAUGUGACCUGUGAAUUUCUGAAAGAAAAGAAGAACAAUGCUACAAUUCACUUCUAUCCAAAUGAUGGAACCUUUGAUCUCACAUACUUUCCUUAUUAUGGAAAACUGACACAUGUAAAUUAUUCCACCCCUGUCGUGGCCACGCAGUAUGAGAAUAUGAAGAGGAACAGUGAUGUGAGCAUUCAAUGCAGAGUAAACGGGCCUGGCAUCAAAAAUGACAUCUUUCAAGACCGAUUUUCUGGCAGGAUUGUUUUCUCUCUUAAUAUUCAAGAAUAAUGUAAAAUGAAAGUUCCUUUGCGGAAAAUGUAGACAAUGGUGCAAUGUGUGAUGAUUUGAUUUCUCUGCUAGGAAAGACUUGUAUUAACUAGCAUAAUUAUUCUACCAGUAAGGUUCACAAAUAUAGCAGUUUAAUCCUUCCCCUCUUAAGUUACUGAACAGCCAAGAGAUUUAUCUGAAGAUAAAAUCAGACAUUGUUUGACUUUGGUUUGGGUAGAGGUCACUGAUGGAACACAUUUGUGUAAAGUUUCCACAAUGUCAAAUCAUUACAACAAAAUCAAAUAAUUGUCAAAUUAUAAAAGGUUAAGUUGUGCAGUGACAAAUACUUUAAUGAAAUUAUUGUUAUUUUACUUUGCAGAGAUAUUUUGGACCUUCAGUAAGUAUUAGUCUUAAUUUUACCAGAAAUGUCUAUAUUCUGCCUGCAGAGGGAAAUAAAAGUUUUAUAUUGAUGAGUAAUUUUUUGAGUUAUUUUCUGUCUGGGCAUGCCUACUAUGUACUGAAUAAAAGAUAUCUGUGUCUCACCAGUCUCAAUGACAAAAAUAUCAAAAUCAAACACUGUUUAAGAAUACCAGGACUUGGUAAAUUACUUUGGUGUCCACUCAUGCAAAACUGAAAGUCUCAUAAGAACACAACAAAUGACUGAAGGAAAUGUUGGUUCUUGAAGGAUUCUUGCUUCUUAAUUUAAUAAAAAUCUAGGAAAUAAAGUUCAAAAAUGGUUGAAUUUGCCUUUGAUCAGUUAAUGCUGCAAAGUAACUUUUGCUAAAAAACAAGGCUGAAAAUUCUAAAAGAGAAAAUGUUAAAAAUUGGGUAUUUCUAAUUAGUUUGCAGCACACUCAGGAAGGUGUUCCAAGUUUAGGUCUGAUAUUCAGGUCCUGCGGAGUGGUGUCCUGCAUUGGCAUCUUCAUGGAUCUGGCCCGGGAUUCAUGGAAGCAGCUUCUUUGGCUUCCUCGGUGGCAUGGUGGUCCGGCCGGGGAUUUGACGGUUUCAAUGUCGGCUUUCUGCAGCAGUGCAAAACGUGGUUCUUGCCUUGUCCUCUACCUUGGGAAGCCAUGAGCUGUGAAUUGAACAAAGAUGGUCUUUGUCUUAACUUUUUUUGGUGUAUGAUCUCUGUUAUGAAUAUAUUCGCCAGACUUAAAUACUUCGCUGUAUUUUUUUUUGUAAAGAUAAAGGUGACAAUAAAUUCUACACUACUUCUGUACAUGGAUAAAUUCCA